AUGGCGCCGAACCAAGGUGACGAGGAUGUGCAAGCCCUUUCAAGGACUCCCCACGAAUUCCCUUACAGUUCCAUGAUUGAGCAUGCCCGUCGUCCUUCAGAAGCCUAUGUCAACCUGCAUGCCAAUGUCGAAGCCAAGAUCAAGAACCCUUUAUGGGGCAUUCCCCGGGCAAGGUUAAUGGCCGACGUCGAUGACUUUUGCCGCAGGAAGGACCUCAACGACUUUCGCCAACUCAUCCGACAGGGCGCCCUCGUUGCCCAGGAUCCCACUGGCUAUGAAGAUAUUGAGGGCGACGAGAAGCUCAACGACGACGAGAUCGAAGCGCUUAGGAAUGAGAUCCUCCACAAGUGGCGCGUCCCCUUCGUCCUAUAUCUGACUGUUGCUACCUGCUCUAUUGGCGCUGCCGUGCAAGGGUGGGAUCAGACGGGCUCAAACGGUGCCAACCUCGAGUUCCCGUAUGCAUUCGACAUUGGAUCCAACAGCAUCCGCGAUAAGCUCCUCGUCGGCCUCGUCAACUCUGCGCCAUACAUCGGUACUGCCUUUUUCGGAUGCUGGCUAUCAGACCCCCUAAAUCAGCGUUUUGGCCGUCGGGGGACAAUAUUCUUCUCGGCCAACUUUUGUCUCUGGCCCGUUCUUGGGAGCGCGCUGUGUAACAAUUGGAAGCAGCUGUUUGCAUGCCGCCUACUCCUUGGUAUUGGGAUGGGAACUAAGGCGUCAACUGUCCCCAUCUUUGCUGCCGAAAACUCGCCCGCCCCGAUCCGAGGUGCUUUUGUCAUGAGCUGGCAGAUGUGGACAGCAUUUGGCAUCUUUCUCGGAACUUGCGCAAACGUGGCCGUCACCAAGUUUGGCCACAAUGCUUGGAGGUAUCAGCUUGGGUCGGCCUUCAUCCCCGCCGUGCCCCUGUUGAUACUGAUCUACUUCUGCCCCGAGUCGCCGCGUUGGUACAUGAAGAAGAAUCGCUAUAGGGACGCAUUGCAGUCGUUGCUUCGCCUACGGAAUCACCCUGUGCAGGCCGCUCGAGACUUGUACUACAUUCAUGCGCAGCUCGAGAUCGAACUUGAAUUCAUCAAGAAGGGCAACUAUAUAAACCGCUUCAUCGAGCUGUUCACGAUCCCUCGAGUGCGCCGAGCUACUCUCGCCUCGUUUGUCGUCAUGAUCGCACAGCAAAUGUGCGGCAUCAACAUCAUCGCGUUUUACUCGACGAGUGUUUUCAAGGAAUCAGGGGCCAACGACAACCAGGCACUGCUGGCCUCAAUGGGCUUUGGGCUCGUCAACUUCGUCUUUGCCUGGCCUGCGGUCUGGACGAUUGACACCUUUGGACGACGGUCUCUGCUCCUGUUCACCUUUCCCCAGAUGGCAUGGACGCUUCUUGCUGCUGGGCUGUGCACCCUGAUUCCUGGAACAGGCGGAGCUCAUCUUGGCCUUGUGGCCAUGUUUGUUUACCUCUUUGCGGCCUUUUACUCACCCGGCGAGGGCCCAGUGCCGUACGCAUACUCGGCCGAAGUAUUUCCUCUAUCGCAUCGUGAAGUUGGCAUGUCAUGGGCCGUGGCAACGUGCUUAUUCUGGGCGGCUGUUCUGUCCAUCACGUUUCCCUUGAUGCUCGACAGGCUGCACGCGAUAGGGGCCUUUGGUCUGUACUCGGGGUUCAACUUUAUUGCGCUCAUCAUGAUCUUCCUCUGGCUGCCAGAAACGAAGCAGCGGACGCUAGAGGAGCUCGAUUACAUCUUUGCGGUGCCUACCCGCGUCUUUAUGAAGUACCAGGUAACCAAGGCGCUCCCGUGGUGGAUCAGACGAUGGAUCUUGUUCCAGCGAAACGUGACGCUGGAGCCUCUAUAUCAGUUUGAUGUUGGCGAGCCUGAAGACAGCCAUAGCACCGAUGCCGGAUAUGAGAACGACAAGGCCAAGGUUGAGCUCAAAGACACGGUUGGGCUGACAGCUGGGGCUCAGAAUACCAUAUAA